AGACCGCAUUUUGUAAGCGUCUUAAUACUGUACUGGUCUGCGAAACGUAGAAGUAUCUUCGAACACAGUGUUUCAGUUUCUGUCAAAGUUGGACUUUUGCUGUCAAGCUACGAUGAUUCUUUUGAGAGGAACACCGUGACAAACGCAGGCAGAAUAUCAUAGAGGAUGCUGAUCUCUACCUGGAUGGUUUUCUGGGAUCCUGAAUCACCAGGUCAUUGUUUGUUUAUUAAAAGAAGAAACCUAUAGCUCUAGCAGAGUGCAACCAAGGAAUGCAAACUGAAAUAGUGAGGUGUGAAUAAAGGAGUUUUUUUUACUGAACACUGCAAUUCUCACAAUGGUCUCAGAGCCAAAGUUAGACCCUCUGCUAGAUCUCAGCUUCCUGUCAGAAGAAGAGCAGAACUGCAUCUUGCGUGUUCUUGUUAGAGACAAUGAACUUCGUGGUGUCGAAGAAGGCAGAAUCAGACAUUUAAGACGUACUGUUUCAGAUCAGAGGAGGCUAAAAGUUCUGACAGGCGACUGGUUUAACGAUGCACGGUCCAAAAACCACAAAGAUGAGAAAUUCGGUUCAGAUAUUGUCCGAGCAUCAAUACGGCGGAAAAAAAAACCCAAAGGCGAACCAGAAAAGACAAUUGUUGCUAAACUCAAAGAAAGCCAAGAGAGCCCGACUUUGCCAAAUGGGACCACGCCUACAUAUGUUAUCAAGGCAGCAGAAGAGCAGAAGUCAGACAAAGAUCAGCAAGCUGAGGAGCAGGUUGAUGCAAUCGUUCAUGAAGAAAUAAUUCCUGGACAAAGGGUUAUUCAGGCCCAUGCUGCUCCUCAGAAUUUCAAUGAGAUUACAAAGCAACAAGAGACCCAAGAUCCUAGCACCAAUGCUACUGAGCAGAAAGACCAACAACAGAGGGUAGGAGCUCCUCCGCUUGAGCCAACUGUGUCUAUACAGCUGGAUUCUGAUUCUGAAGGUGAAACAACGCCUCAACCAGUUUCUAAAAUUACUCUGGCAGAAAAGGCCAAGCCACUGAUGAACAGUAGCACAUCUAAUUUACAGCCUGGAAAUACGCUCAGUGGCAGCAUGAUGAGUUUGUUUAGCUCUGGAGAGUUUGGUACCUUGGAGGUAAAGGGCAGCAUACUUUUUGCACUGAAGUAUGACCAAACCAAAGAGGAGCUCCAUAUUGAGGUAGCCCGCUGCCAAGAUUUGGCUGAGGCCAAGAAACAAAGAUCUGACCCCUAUGUGAAGAGUUACCUGCUCCCAGACAAAUCAUCUCAAAGCAAGAAAAAAACCUCCAUUAAGAAAAAGACUGUUAAUCCCACCUACAAUGAGACCCUUAAGUAUAAAAUAAAUAUGCUAGAUCUCAGAACACGGAUUCUCAACCUCUCCGUAUGGCACAGCGAAUCCUUGGGACGCAAUGUCUUUUUGGGGGAGGUGGAAGUGCCUCUGGCAAAUUGGGAUACCAGAGACACUCAGCCUAACUGGUACAAUCUACAUCCACGAAUACAAAUGUCUCCGGAUGCCAUUAGAUUCAGAGGAAAGAUCUCACUGUCGCUGAACUUUAUGCCUGCUGGUUCAGGAGAGACUGGUUUUCUUCAAACUGGUGAACUUCAUAUUUGGGUGAAGGAAGCACAAGGCAUAGUGUCUCCGCAAGGAGGUUCAUUGGAUUCUCUUGUCAAAAGCUAUGUGCUUCCUGAUGAUAGCAAACAUAGCCGUCAGAAAACACGUGUAAUAAAGAACAGUGUGAGCCCAGUCUACAAUCACACUAUGGUGUAUGAUGGUUUCCAGGCAGAAGAUCUGAAGGAAGCCUGUGCCGAGUUCACAGUAUGGGAACACGAAACCUUCAGCAGUCAGGCACUUGGGGGUGUGCGCCUUAGUCUGGGCACAGGUGUUAGUUAUGGACAGCCUGUGACCUGGAUGGAUUCAACUGAAGAGGAGACUGACGUAUGGAAAGCUGUGAUUGAGAAGCCUAACACAUGGGUGGAUGCUCUGCUGCCGCUGAGAACAAAUCUGAUUCCUAGAAAAACAGCAAAAGGGGAAGUCUAACAGUUGUCGUUAUGCCUGAACCCCAAUUACUUUGCUAGACAUGUAUUAGGAAACAUGGUGACUCUGGGACACUACAAAGUUGUAAACAUUGCAAGAAUAUUGGAAUUGUAUUGCUUUGCUUUACAGCUAAUUGGUAAAAAUGGCUUCAAAUCAACUUCAGAACUGAGUGCUCUAGAAUAAAAAGCAGGGAUUGCUUCAGUGACUCAUUUACCUCACAAUUCAUAAAUGGUUGUGGGCUCAUAGUUUGGUUUUGGGAAUAUUUUUAUCUCAUUUUUGUAUUCUGUUUUUAAAAUAAUUACCUGUGACUUGUCUUGUUUAAGAGAAACGUGGCUCAACAGAAAUAACAAUCAAUACGUCUUCAAAUAUUUUUAAAGUACUCGAUUCACUCCUGUUCUGUUUGCAUUUCUUAAAUUUGACACCCCAUGCUUCAAGUGAUGUGAAGGCCACUUUAUAUGCUGCAGGAAAUGUGGCUAAGUAAGACAGUUUGUAUCAUGAGGCCAUGCUAACUAAAAGCUUUCAGGACUAUUCAUUUAUUACAAAUCAAACAUUGAAUUACUUAAAGGGUUUAAAGUCACACCAUUACAUAGCCUCCAAGAGACUUCAAGACGCAAGAGGUUACAUUAGAGAAAGUCAUGCUUUAGUCUGUGAAAUUGAGCCUAAAACAAACAAUACUGUACAUUAA